AUGGCGACAGCCACGUCGAACGCGACCUCAACCCCCGACUCCGACUUCAGACUCUACCGCUACGACCCCUCGCUCGGCCCUGCCAUCCUCUUCAUCGCGCUCUUCUUCGCCGCCUCUUCCCUGCACCUAUACCAACUCAUCCGCACGAGGACAUGGUUCUUCAUCCCCUUCGUGGUGGGCGGCUUCUUCGAGAGCGUCGGCUACAUCGGCCGCGCGAUCGGCGCGCAGGAGACUCCCGACUGGAGCGUCGGCGGGUACGUCAUCCAGUCGGUGCUGAUCCUCGUGGCGCCCGCCCUCUUCGCCGCGAGCAUCUACAUGGAACUGAGCCGUAUCAUGCAGCUCACGGACGGGGGGAGCCGGUCGCUCAUCAACACGAGAUGGUUGACCAAGAUCUUUGUCGCGGGGGAUGUGUUUUCAUUCUUGAUGCAGAGUUCUGGCGGCGGGAUCAUGGCCGGCGGAUCCGAAGACUCGAUGAAACGAGGCGAGAACAUCAUCAUCGGCGGCCUCGUGCUCCAGAUCAUCUUCUUCACCUUCUUCAUCGUCGUGGCUUCGGUGUUUCACUACCGCAUGCACAAGAGGCCCUCGGCGCGUGUACUUGCCGAUAUCACCAUCGCGUCAGUCUGGAAGAAACAUCUGCACGUCCUGUAUGGGGGAAGUUGGCUCAUCUGGAUCCGCUCGCUCUUUCGACUGGUCGAGUACGCGCAGGGAAAUGAUGGGUAUUUGAUCUCACAUGAGUGGUUUUUGUAUGUGUUUGACGCGGUGUUGAUGCUUGCUACGAUGCUGCUGUUUGCGUUCGUGCAUCCUAGUGAGCUAAAUGCCUUGUUGAAGGGCGGCAGAGGACGGGCCGUGAGGAGGGUGGUCUCGGUUUACAGCUUGAAGUAA